AUGGGGAAGGCAGGCAGAUGGCUCAGGAGCUUCUUGACGGGGAAGAAGGAUGCAAAUAAGGAGAAAGCAGAAUCUUCAUCUCCAUUGCCAACCAAGACUCGGUCAGUUCCAAUCUCGGUGCCUGCUCCUAAGGAGAAAAAGAGAUGGAGCUUUCGGAGAUCAGCAUGUCCAGGGAAGAGCUCGGGUUCCCCAGAGCUGAGCAUAAGCGCGCCGGUUCAGGGGCUAUCGGAGGCCGAGAUUGAACAGAAAAGGCAUGCAAUGGCUGUCGUAGUGGCCACGGCUGCCGCUGCCGAUGCUGCUGUAGCUGCUGCGCAGGCAGCAGCAGCUGUAAUUCGGCUAACAACUGCUUCCACCAAACAAAAAACCAGCGCUGUCGAGGAAGAUGCAGCUGUCAAAAUUCAGUCUGCUUUCCGUGCAUAUUUGGCUAGAAAAGCUCUAUGUGCAUUGAGAGGCCUGGUAAAGCUGCAAGCUCUGGUGAGAGGUCACCUAGUAAGGAAGCAGGCUGCUGCUACCCUUCUCCGCAUCCAGGCUCUGGUGACAGCUCAAGAGCGAGCUCGAGCCCAGAGGAUCCGCAUGGCUGAAGAGUCGCAUGUUGUCCCACAGAGGCAGUCCAUCCACAGGAGAUCACCUCAGCACCCACGAUCUAGACAAUCACAUGAUAUGGAUAGAAAUGCUGAAGAGAACAUUAAGAUUGUGGAGAUGGAUCUUGGUGGACCGAGAGGCAAUACAAAGAGUAGAUACAGUUAUUCAAUCACAGAAAUUGAAGCAAAAGAUCACAGGUUUUCUGGAUAUUAUGGCCAUGUCCAUACACCUUCCAAGAUAGUCCAAUACCAACAAUUCUCACCUGCUCCAUCUGUCUUGACGGAAAUGAGCCCUAGGACUUACAGCGGACAUUUCGAGGAUUUCUCGUUCGCGACAGCACAGAGCAGUCCACAGUACUUAUCAGCUAUUUCAGUGCCUGAUCCAUCACACUCUUGUGAUUAUCCCUUUCCAAACUACAUGGCCAACACUGAAUCUUCAAGAGCAAAGGCAAGGUCACAGAGUGCACCACGUCAACGAACUGAUACAAUCGAGAGGCAAACAAGCAGGCGGAGACCAUCAGUGGAUGGAAGAAACAUUCCUAGAAGCAUAAAAAUGCAGCGAUCAUCUUCGCAUCUCGGCAUGACGGCCAAUGGGUAUCAGUAUCAUCCUUGGUCUAUCAAGCUAGAUAAGUCCAACAUGUCCCUCAAAGACAGUGAAUGUGGAUCAACGAGCACAGUGCUAACAAAUAUCAAUUACUGCCGAUCAUUGGCAGGGUUUGAGGCUCACAGAAACAGGCACUGAUUCUAUUUCUGACCAUCUCAAUUGCUAUAUGAAAUGUGCAAAGCGCCAAAGAUUGAAGCCGCAGACAUUCAGCAUUUGGCUUCUCAAGAACAGUAGAAGACUAGUGUCAAGAAGCUACUGAGACAUAGAAUUGCAAUUUUUUCUUCACAUGUAAAUGUGAUUAGAAGCCAUCUACCUGCUAUUUCUGCUUAUUGUGUACUUCAUGUGUCUUGCUGUAAGUGGGUGUUAAGAGAAUGACAAUUUAACUAAAAUUAUGCUGAUUAUUUGUAACUAUAUUGAAAGCUCAAACUGAUUUUGACCUCCA